AAAAACCUCAACAGUAAUCCCCUUCUACUGUAGUGUUACAUGGUGGUUAGUUUAAGAAGGACAGCAGUAAAAAUAUACAUAUACAGAGUAUUGUACUCCUCAAUUAUCAUUCAAAAUGGACAAUUCCAGCAAGGAGAAAGAAGCAAUUCAGUUAAUGGCUGAAGCUGACAAGAAAGUGAAGUCCUCCGGGUCUUUUUUAGGAGGAAUGUUCGGUGGGAAUCAAAAAUUAGAGGAGGCUUGUGAGAUGUAUGCCAGAGCAGCGAACAUGUUCAAGAUGGCAAAAAAUUGGACCGCUGCAGGAAACGCAUUCUGUCAGGCAGCCAGACUACACAUGCAGCUCCAGAACAAACACGAUUCAGCCACUAGCUUUGUUGAUGCCGGAAACGCUUUCAAGAAGGCUGAUCCACAGGAGUCUAUCAACUGCUUAAAUGCAGCCAUCGAUAUAUACACAGAUAUGGGUCGAUUCACUAUAGCAGCCAAGCACCAUAUCACAAUUGCUGAGGUGUACGAGUCAGAACUGGUGGACAUUGAGAAGGCAAUUGCCCAUUAUGAACAAGCUGCAGACUAUUACAAAGGCGAGGAGUCAAACAGCUCUGCAAACAAGUGUCUCCUGAAGGUUGCAUCAUAUAGUGCACAGCUGGAACAGUAUCAGAAGGCCAUCGAGAUCUAUGAACAGGUUGGAACAAACACCAUGGACAACCCCUUACUGAAAUACAGCGCCAAAGAGUAUUUCUUUAAAGCUUCUUUAUGUCACUUCAUUGUAGAUGAACUGAACGCAAAGCUGGCUGUUGAGAAGUAUGAGGAAAUGUUCCCAGCAUUCUCAGAUUCAAGAGAGUGCAAACUUGUGAAGAAACUCCUGGAAGCCCACGAGGAGCAGAAUGCAGAGGCUUUCACAGAAGCAGUUAAAGAGUUUGAUUCUAUCUCGCGUCUGGACCAGUGGUUGACCACCAUGCUUCUGCGCAUCAAGAAAACCAUCCAGGGUGAUGAAGGGGACUUGAAGUGAAAUAGGGAAGUUUGAGGAGUCCACCUGAGGCAUGCCACCCCUUACCCAGUGCAUUUCAUUUCAUUUUUGUGCAAUGGCCAAGACCAGGUUUCUGACUACAGUAUGUCCAAUUAAUUGCUGCACCAUUUAUCGAGAAUGUACAAUGUACGCAAAGUUAUAAAUCUUAUUUUUAAUAUAUACACCUGUUUGUAUGGCUGCAUCUAAGGAAUCCUGUUUUCAUAACACUAUGGGUAUGUAGUUGAGUAUAGGGAACAUCAUGGUUAAAAGAUGGAUGUGAGAACCUGAUCUCUGUUGGAGUUUGGCUGGCUAGUGCUGCAUGACAUGUAGAUGCAAUUCUCUUGAAUAUAAACAGAAGACAACGACUUCUUUUUUUGAGCUAACUUUAUUGUCAUUUAGUAAGAGAAACCAGGGAUCCAAGACUUGACUUAGAUGGGAUGAGUAAUAAUCCACACAAAUGUAACAAAUAUUGGAGCAGUUUUCUGACCAACACCCUUCACUUACUUCUUGCUUUCAUUCAGGCGUAUAUACCUUAUUAUUGGAGGGGUGGGGGGAUUUCUUAACCCAUAAAGUUUUAGCUUUUUGUUUGUUAGCAUACUCGAUCUAUGAAAAGUUUGAUAGCCCUGUAGCCCAUCAGUGUCGUGUUGUGCAACCAUAGUUCAUGCAGCACUUCAGCUAGUGCACUCUCCAUACUAAAGGUAUUUAGCAGCGCAUGUCACUGUGUAUUAGUGUUGUUGAUGUUCAGUAUCUCAUUGUGUGUACAAUUUUCAAACAAGCCAUCAGCAGAAGUGGCCUACAUGCUUAUCGAGAUUAUUUCUGACAGAGCUGUUGGUGUCUUCACUUGCUGAAUGGCUCUAUGAAUGUACAGGAAUAAAAUAUCAAUAUUAUACACAAA